GUUGACUCAUCCCUGCGAUCCUCUCCGCUGCACGGACUCAAGAGGAGCGCGUAUAAACAAGGAGUUGAACUCUAAAGGGAAAUAUUCAGACUGACUUGGACUGGAGAGAUGACCAAAGAGACUGCGACUCUGGGACUGGUCUUUCAGAGCGAGAACUUCAGCUACAACCACUAUAACAACUACAUAAUGGACUCAUGGUCCUACCUGAACAACCCUGUUCCUGAGCCGAACCACCCCAAACACAGACUCCACCCAGCAGACAACUUUGCAGCAUUAACAAUGCUCCAAGAACACUGCAAGAACCAGAAGGAGCAGAAAGGCGCCAUCUUCACUCGCACCAACAACAUCUGCAAACCAGUUGAGAGGAGUCUGAGCAACACCAGUGAGCUUAUUUCACUUGAGACAACCGCCAACGUCAUGAAGAUCCUCUCAGAGAGCGUCCCCGCCUCCCAUCCCCAAGAAGUUCUGGUGUCUAAGUCCAUCCCCUCCAUGCCCAUUUCUGCUCCUGCCAACUCGGACACGUACACCAACCUGACCAGUGUCGUGGCAGACACGUACGAUAAGCAGGAGCUCAACAACAUCUUUGAGUCCCUGAUGCAGGGGAAUGCUUUCCCUGACCCCAGUGCUGAUACUCUUUCCUAUGGUGACCAGUUUGCUGACAACACCUCCAGCCCGGUUUACUCAGGCUCCUACACCAGCUCCCCCCCAGAGAGGUCCAGGAAUGAGUUUCACUUCACCCUCGGAUCUCCUGCAGCUUCCAUACACAAGUCCAAUGAGUUACCAAUGGUGUACCUGAACAAAGGCCAGUUCUAUCCCAUCACCCUUCAGGGAGUGGACAGCAGCGCCUGCCUCACUGCUACCAAAGUCAAGACAGUGGUGAUGGCUGUUUUUGAGAACGACAAGAACCCAGAAAUGCAGCUCCGCUUUUGGAAUCAUUGGCACGCACGCCAACCAACCGUCAAGCAGAGGGUCAUUGACAUUGCCGACUACAAAGAAGUGUUCUGCGGCAUCAGCAACGUUGAGGAGGUGGCCUUCAACGCUCUCUCGUUUGUGUGGAACCCCAACGAAGAGGCCAAGAUUUACAUUGGGAUCAACUCGCUGAGCACCGACUUCUCCUCUCAGAAAGGAGUGAAGGGUCUACCUCUAAACCUGCAGAUUGACACCUACGACUUCAGCUCAGGCAGCAACCAGCUCCUGCACAGAGCUGCCCUGCAGGUCAAGAUUUUCUGUGAUAAGGGCGCAGAGAGGAAGAUGAGAGAUGAGGAGAGGAAGAGAUCCAAGAGGAGAGGAAAGAACACUAACGAUGCAAACUCAAACAAAUCAUUAAUGUGUGGCUCAGCUGGUACUGAGUGCACCUACUUCAAGACCCUGGAGGACCACAUCACUCAGCCUGUUCUCUUCAUCCCAGAGGCCCACCUUUCCACCUUACAGCGCCUGGGCUCUUCUAUGGAUGAGAAUGACAGGAGUUGUCUGAAGAGGUUGUAUCCAGACAGAGACCCGAGCAGCUCUCCACCCAACAAACAGACCCGCAGAGAAGAAGCACAGAGAGUUCUGCUGUACGUGAGGACGAGCACUGAGGAGGUGUUCGACGCGCUCAUGCUCAGUUCGCCGACACUCUCGGGCCUACGAGAAGCUAUUUCCGAAAAGUAUGGUUUGCAACAAAACACCAUCGGAAGAAUCUACAAAAAAUGCAAACGAGGAAUAUUCGUCAACAUGGACAACAAUAUCAUCGAACACUACACCAACCAGUCCGCGUUCCUCAUCGAGAUGUCCGAGUUAGUCACCGGUCAGUUUCAGAUCACGCUCAAUGAAGUAUGAGGACGAUUCGGAUCGGAGGACGAACGAUCACAGCUAGUUGAAAGAAACAUACACCUCUAAAGCACUGCCAUGUCAGAGACAAUAAGCUGUGGACUCCAAAACCAAAACAGGAAACGGACUGAAGGGACAUCUCCAGAUUUUCAGACGUCACCAAAAAAAAAAGUUAAAUCAUUUCGUGAUUCAGCCCAAUUCCUGUGGUUUGUUUUAUGAGUUUAAGAUUGUAAUGUAAGCGCAUUUAGGAUGACUCGCCUGUACAUACGUGUAAAUAGAUUUUAAUAUUUCAGUGUUUAAGGAACUAGCCAUGUGCGUGUCGCUAUCCAUUUUUCAGCAGCGAAUUUCAAUUUUUAUUUCCAGAGCUUUGUGCAUGACCAGUGCACAGCAUUUUUUUUUUUUUAGCAUUUUGUUAUUCUUGCU